AUGGCUGAAGUUAGUCAACCUCUUGGGACUCUACCUCUCGAGUUCACAAAUAAUCAGUGGAACUAUAUUCGAUCCGAUUCUAUUGCAUUGUUAGGUUCUCAUGUUAAUGUUACCUCAAUGACAAUUACUGAAAAGAGGAAAUCACUUGAUGGUGCUCAGAUCUAUGUUCGUUCUCCAAUUUCAUCCGAUGGAAAUGAAAGUAAAUUUGUUAAAGGAAUACUUCUCAACGAGAGCAGUAAUACGAUUAAAAUACAAGAUGAGUCAAUUAGUGACAAAGAUCUUUUCCUCAAUAACGCACCAACUAAUCAUAUUCUUUAUCUUGAAGAAUUACCUAAGACUAAGUUUUAUGUCAACUUUACAUAUGAUGCAUUACAUGACGAGAUAUUAUAUGUAAGUUACCUUCGAUAUGAUCUUAAUUGGAUAACACGCUAUGAACUUAAUUUGUAUGAUGAUACCAGUGUACUUACUGCUAUAGCUAAAAUUAGGAAUGAUGGUGAAUUGGCAGUAUCAAUUGGAAGGGCUGAAAUUAUCGGUGGAGACAUCAAUUUGAAGAUACCCAUAUCUGUACGACAAACACUAUCGAAUCAUGCUGAGGCACCUGAAAAUUUGAAGUCACCGAGACUUGCACUUUGA